GCACCGGGAGCGGCGGCGGCGGCGGCGGCGGCGGCGGCGGAGGCGGAGAUGCUGAGCUCGGUGAAGAUGGAGGGUCAGGAGGCUCCGGACUGGACUUGCUUCUACAGCGACGAGGUGUACUCCCCGAUGGCGGCGGGCCUGGGGAUGGGUUCGGUGGCGGGCUACGUGUCGGGCGGCGGCGGGGCGGCGGCGGCGGCCUCCUUCAACGCGGCAUACGGCGGGCCCAGCAUAAGCCCCGCCCCCGUGUCCGGGAUGGGCGUGUCCUGCCUAAGUACCGGCGGGAUGGGCGGAGCCAUGAGCCCGUGCGGCGGGGCCCAGGCGGCGCAACAACAACACCACCAUCAUCAUCAUCAUCACGCGUACGGCGCCGUCAGUCCCGGAACCCAGUACGGCGGCGGCGGCGGCGGGGGGGGCCCGAGCCUGAACCGAGGCCGCGAGGCCAAGCCGCUGAGACGCAGCUACCCGCACGCCAAGCCGCCGUACUCGUACAUCUCGCUCAUCACCAUGGCCAUCCAGCAGGCGCCCGGGAAAAUGCUCACCCUCAGCGAGAUCUACCAGUGGAUCAUGGAGCUGUUCCCCUUCUACCGGAACAACCAGCAACGCUGGCAGAACUCCAUCCGACACUCGCUGUCCUUCAACGACUGCUUCGUCAAAGUGUCCCGCUCGCCCGACAAACCCGGCAAAGGCUCCUACUGGACGCUGCACCCCGACUCCGGGAACAUGUUCGAGAACGGCUGCUACCUGCGCCGCCAGAAGCGCUUCAAGUGCGACAGGAAGAGCCCGGCGGAGGGCGGGAAAGAGCGCGGGGCCGGGGGCUCGCACUACGCCGACGGCCUCAAACCUCCGGGACUCGCCGUGGCGUCCCCGCCGCCCUCGUCCGGCCGCCGCUCGCCGCCCGGCCCCGAGGGCGCCAAAUUAGCGGGCCCCCAGCUGCUUUCGUCCCUGUGCCUGCCCCCGCACGGCAUGGAGCUGAAGGGGGACGCCCACUACGCUUUCGACCACCCCUUCUCCAUCAACAACCUUAUGUCAUCCCCCGAGCACCACAAACUGGACCUGAGGGCUUACGACCCCCUGCAGUACUCAAGCUACGGCGCCGGCAGGGGCGGCGACCCGCUGGAGGCACCCUACUACCAGGGAGCCUGCGCCAGGGCGCUGCUCAACACCUCGUAGGGCGUCGGGUGCCGGAAAAUCUGCGGGUCGCCUUGGAACCCCCGCCCUGCAUCGGUACCUCCCACACAGGACAGCGAGCUGUGAAAAAAGAUGGGGAACAUGUUGGGGGAAAGGGGCCAACUGGUGAGCAAAGAAAAAAAAUCCCCCACCCCUUCCUCCUCACAUUCCCGGACUUUCCCAACCUUCAGUCGGGCUCGGGACCCAAUAUGGCGGCGGCGGAGUGUCCCCACGUGAGCGCCCUUAAGCCUCCGGACCGACGGACACUUCCCUGCCGCCCUCGUCCAGUCCACACGGCCCCGCCGACUCGCCCCCCUGACAUUGAGCCUCGAACCGCCCCUUCUCCACCAACGACCUCAUGUCGUCCGCGAGCUCCACAAACGGGACCCGAGGGCCUACGAUGUCCCAGCGGGGAGGGCGACCGGUUGCCACCGCCUCGCACGUGACGAACUUCUCACUCGCUCCUUUCACACCGUCUCACGAGCGUAACGGCACAGCUGCGACAUUGCCCCGACCGGCUGUUGCGGCUUCACGCCUUCAGAUAAUUCCGUGCGUCAGCCUCCGGGAAAAAAAUAUUCAAGCCAAAAACGGGCUGUCGCCGGCGGGUCUCGUUUGCCGAGCCGGCUUUCAUUUGUCCUGUCCGUAGCGUACGAUCGCGUAGCUGUCGCGGCUUCCCGCAACGAGAUCAUUAGACGCGCGGGGGUGCGGCCGGCGAGCGUCAGGGGUUCGACGUCGCUCGCCGCUCAACGCCUUCCCGCCAAUGAGACGCCAGAAAAUCUGUGGCCCCUCUGAACCCUCCUGUUCUGUGGCGGGUCAAAUUGAAAACUUCCCCCCACAAAUUGUUUUUAAAACGUUCAAGAAAAUGUUUUUAAUAUGAUGGCCCCAUUCUUGUCUUCUUUUUAUAGUAAAUGUGUUAUGAUGAGUUUUAUUUACACAAGACAUCAAAUGUAGGGCCAAACUAAUUUAUACACUUUUUUACAACUCAUUUCAUAUAUAUAUAAAAGUGUAUCAUGUUUCUGAGAAUAGACUAGCGCUUUCAAUUUUAAAAAGGGUCAAUUUGACCCUCAACAUAACAGGAGGGUCGCAAAUAGGACAGCAAGCUGGGAAAGAUGGGGAAAGACCCCCCCCCCCCAAAAAAAAGGCUGGUGGAA